AUGAUGCACGGACAUCCAGCCCCGCCCCAGCACAUGGGCCACCCGCCACCACCGCCGCCCCAUCUAACGCAUCUGACGAGCGUGCCACCGCCGAGUGUGCCGCCCCAGGGACCACGGAUCAACAACAACCGACACCAUCAUCAUCCGCGUGUCCCGGCCGGCGACCACCACCAGCAGACACUGGGACCACCCCACAUGGUUCCACUGCCCCACCAGCAGCAGCAGCAUGGUGGCAGCCGGAAGCCACACUACGGUAACAACAACGGAAUCGUGCCCGGCGGCGGAAUACCUCCCAAGCACCACAUGGGCAAGACACAGCAACCGUACAGCAACAGCAACAGCAGCAGCAGCUACCGGACGAGUGGCCACGGGGGACAUCACAGCGCCGGCGGCAUUCCGGUGGUAUCGGCGGCCGGCAAUCUGGGCACCAAAACGAGGAUGAUUCCUGCGCAUGAACCGAAACCGAUCCACAAUCACACCAACGUGGCCCCACCGGCACCAGUUCCUUCCAGCACCGCCGUAUCAACCGUAGCGCAUCACGCAUCACCUGCAGAAUCUUCAGCGCAGCAGCAGAUUCCCGGAACGCCGUCCGUACCCGUGACCAUCACGACCGCACCGCAGCCGGCAGGUCCGGUCACGACAACGACCAACAACACCCAAGUCGUUGUCGGUUCCGUGCCACCACCUGUCGUCACGACGGUGCCGCCACCGACCGAAGCCACGGAAGAUUCACAGCAAAUGCAGCCAAUGUCCCAGCUGCUGUCGUCUGUACCAGAAAACUUGGCAAACACUAAAGAGAAAACCCCAAUGUGUUUAGUUAAUGAAUUAGCACGGUACAACAAGUGCCAGCAUCAGUACCGGCUGACCGGAGAGUCGGGCCCGGCGCACAAGAAACGCUUCACCGUCACGCUCAAGCUGGGCGACGAAGAGUACACGGCCGAGGGUCCGAGCAUCAAGAAGGCUCAGCAUAGCGCGGCGAACGAGGCGAUUGCCGCGACCAAGUACAAGCAUCCGCCGGCCAAGAUUAACCGGAUCAAGGUCGGCGGAAAGGCACCGAUCGGGAAUAUUACGCCCACCGUCGAGCUGAACGCGCUGGCCAUGAAGCGGGGCGAACCGACUGUUUACGAAACGGAACAGCUGGUUCCAACGCUGCCGCCUCCUCCGCAUGGCAACUUUUUCACGGCACCUCCGCCACCAAACUCACACUACGGUGGGGGUGGUGGCGGUGGAGGCUAUCAUCACCGUACUAACGGCGGCAUGUACAGCAAUCCGCCACCUCCGGGUGCGGUCCGGUACGGUGCUCCGGCACCCAACUCGUACAAUCGUCGCGGCCUGAAGCCGGACUACCACUCGCGAGGCUACCUGUACAAUCACCAUCAUCACAUGCAACCGAUGGUCCAUCCUGCGCAGGAAUCCUACAAGGUUACGCUGCACGUGGGAGAGAGGACAUUUUUAGGAGAAGGCAUCACACUGCAAGCGGCUCGCCACGACGCCGCGGCACGUGCCCUCGAGGUGCUGAAACCGUUGACGCCGGAAACAACCGGAAACGCCUCUGGUGGCAACUGUCACGACACUUCGAUCGACAGUGACGAUCCCAACUCCGAGCUAAAAUCUCCAAUCUCUCUCGUGCACGAGCUCGCUCUGAAGCGCAAAAUGGCCGUCCAGUUUGAGGUGCACAGCGAAAAGGGUCCGCCGCACAUGAAGGUCUUCACGACGAUCUGCAAGGUGGGCACCAUUGUGACCGAGGGCGAAGGCAACGGGAAGAAAAUCUCCAAAAAGCGAGCCGCCGAAAAGAUGCUCGAUGAACUGCGAAACCUCCCGCCAACGUCCCCGGAGAAGAACGUGCGGCCUCCGCUGAAGCCCAAGCGUAAGCUCCCCUUGCCGAAGAAGAAGACCCGCAACCUGAUCAAGGAAAACGGCGAAGAGGACCCGCUGGACAUGGUCAAUCCCAUCAGCCGCCUCAUGCAGAUUCAGCAGGCUCGCAAGGAAAAGGAACCGGAGUAUACGCUGGUGGAGGAACGCGGCAUGGCCCGGCGUCGUGAGUUCAUCAUGGAGGUGCUGGCCAGCGGUAAAACUGCCUCCGGCGUGGGUCCGACCAAAAAGAUUGCCAAAAAGGAAGCGGCCGAAAGUUUGCUCGUGAUGCUCGGCUACGGUCGAUCCACCGUCGCCGCGAACGUCUCCUCACCCAACAAGGAGAACCAGUCGGCGAACGCGAACGAAGGGGUUGGGGCUGAGAAGCAGCACGGUGGUCGAAAGGCGCAGUACAAUGAUGGUGGAGCGGCCAAACACGGCGGCAGCGCUGGCCGCCAGAUCGUGCCCGGCGUGCUGCAGUUGAACUCAGGCGUCUCGAACAAAACCAACCAACCGGUUAAGGAGCCAGCGCAGGACGCCAUCGACAGCGGUGAUAUCAAGCCGAUUACCGUUAGUGUGACGAAGCCGGUUAUUUCAACGGCUUCGAGUGCGACAAUAAAUGUUGCAGCGCCGCCGCCAGCGGCGGCCACAACUACCUCCACAACGGGAGGCAGCUCGUCGAACCCGGACGUCGGGCGAAAGAAGGAGCAGCUCAUGUAUCUGGCGCAGCUGCUCAAGUUUGAGGUCAUGUUCUCGGACUUCCCGAAGGGCAACCACGGCGAGUACCUCACGCUGGUCACGCUGUCCACGGAUCCGCCCCAGCUGUGCCACGGUAGCGGCGCCAGCCUGGAGGAAUCGCACGACGAAGCGGCGCGCGGUGCGCUCGAGAUCCUCAGCAAGAUCGGGCUGGACAACGUGAAGCCGAAGGGAAGCGGCGGCGCGGUCACCGGCGAUGACAGUAAGUCAAAGAAGUAA